AAUGGAAAUCACAGAAGAAUAACUAAUUCAAGAAGCAAUUAAAGCCAAAGAAAGAGCAUAUUGCCCAUAUUCAAAUUUUAGAGUAGGAUGUUCUUUAUUGACAAAAAAUAACAAAUUAUAUACAGGAUGUAAUGUCGAAAAUGCUAGUUAUGGGCUCUGUGUUUGUGCUGAACGUGUAGCGAUAUGCAAAGCUGUUAGUGAAGGGGAUCGUCAAAUUUCAACUAUUGUAGUUUCAUGGUAUAUUUCUAAUAUUAUAAAUAGUGAUACAUAAGAGCCUACAUUUCCUUGUGGUAUGUGUAGAUAAACAAUAAUUGAAGUAAAAACACCUUUAAUCCAUAGUUUUGCUAUUCUGGCAAUGAUAUUAAAAUUAUUGCUAUAGGGAAAGAUCAUUCGAAACCAAAGUAUUCUAAAGGCUCUGAAGUUAUACCAUAUGCUUUUGUACCUCAAGAUCUCCACGUUGAUCCUUAGUUGGAAAAAAAAUGAUA